CGCCGCCGUGGCGUCAUGACUUCCGGGCGCCGCGGCCGCCAUAUUGCUCGCGCGGAAGCGCCUCGGCCGGGUGGGCGUCCCGGAGCGCUUGCGUCGCGGUCGUUGCGGCCGCCGCUAUGCCGUCGUCGCCGCUGCGGGUGGCGGUGGUGUGCUCGAGCAACCAGAACCGGAGCAUGGAGGCGCACAACAUCCUCAGCAAACGGGGAUUCAGCGUCCGGUCCUUCGGAACAGGAACACACGUGAAGCUCCCAGGACCAGCACCCGACAAGCCAAAUGUUUAUGAUUUCAAAACUACAUAUGAUCAGAUGUACAAUGAUCUCCUUAGGAAGGACAAAGAACUCUACACGCAGAACGGCAUCUUACAUAUGUUGGACAGAAAUAAGAGGAUCAAGCCGCGGCCGGAAAGGUUCCAGAACUGCAGAGACCUGUUCGAUCUGAUCCUCACGUGUGAAGAGAGAGUGUACGAUCAGGUGGUGGAAGAUCUGAAUUCCAGAGAGCAGGAGACCUGCCAGCCGGUGCACGUCAUCAACGUGGACAUCCAGGACAACCACGAAGAGGCCACCCUGGGGGCGUUCCUCAUCUGUGAGCUGUGCCAGUGUAUUCAGCACACGGAGGACAUGGAGAACGAGAUUGACGAGCUGCUCCAGGAGUUCGAGGAGAAAAGCGGCCGAGCCUUCCUGCACACGGUCUGCUUCUACUGACCGCCGGCCCGCGCCCGCCGCCCUCCCGGAGCCAUCUUUCUGCGCUGCCUUUUGUUAAUACUUGUCCUUCCUGAUACUAGAUCUCGCUUUCCGGUGCUCUGCCAGCCGACGGCAGUGGUGCCCACAGACUGUGCACAGGAAACGCAGAGGCGCAAAUGCGCGAUUCAGAACAAUCACGUUUUUUCUUUCCCACGUGUACUUACGGGUGGGAUGUUGAUUAUAAAGGUUUUUUUUUUCUUUACCCAAAACAGUAAACAGCGGUUUCCGGUACGUUCCCCCCGUGCGUUUGUGGCUGUCGUGGUUCCUGCCCUUCCACCCCCCAAACUUGCUGGAAUGUACAAAUAACCCGAAUAAAGCCAUGGGCUCUGUCUUGCUGGGAAAGAA